AUGUCUCCUUCGGCUGACGGACAUGCUAGCCUGACCACACAACCUGUCGGAAAUAUGAAUCUCCAGCAGAAUGGAAAAGCCCUAAAAGCAAUCCAAUGGGGAAAUGGCUCUCUUCUUUCCCGUGGAGAUGGUCUACCGACGUCCCAGUGGGCACAGGUAUCCAAUGCUGGAAACACGGCGAUUGAACUGAAACAAAUCCCCGUUCCCAAGCCAGGCCCCGACGAGGUCUUGGUGAAAACUGAGUACUCCGGAGUCUGUCAUACGGAUCUUCAUGCGUGGAAAGGUGACUGGCCAGUGACCCCCAAAGAGUUUUGCGUGGGUGGCCAUGAAGGUGCAGGAUAUGUGGUCGCUCGGGGGUCCCAGGUCCACGACAUCGACAUUGGCGAUGCUGUGGGAAUACAGUGGCUCAAUAGAACCUGUGGGCACUGCGAGUACUGUUCUACCGGAAACCAACCCCUAUGCCCAGGGCUCCAACUAUCAGGAUGUACUGUGGAUGGUAGCUUUCAGCAAUACUGCCUUUGCAAAGCGGAUAAUGCAGUCCGGAUUCCGCCAGGAAUACCACUCGAAAAAGCUGCUCCGAUUCUCUGUGCUGGUAUAACUGUCUACAAAGCCAUUCUAGAAGCGAACAUGCAACCAGGACAAACUAUCGCCAUUGUCGGUGCUGGCGGAGGAUUGGGAUCUUUGGCCUGUCAAUAUGCUAAGGCAUGUGGCUAUAAGGUCCUGGCAUUAUCCUCUGGAUCAGCGAAGCGAGAUAUGUGUUUGUUCAAACUGGGGGCGAACUAUUACAUUGACUACAAGUCUCCCGAUGUGGUUAAUGAGGUGAAGAGUACCACCGAUGGUGGACCUCAUGCCGCAGUUAUUGUCUCUUCUGUGGAAGAACCUUUCCAUCAGGCGCUCCAGUACAUUCGCCCUGGAGGAACAGUUGUCGCAGUCGACCUCCCACCAGGAAAGAUGUCUACAAAUAUAUUUGCCCUGGUGACUCAAAAAAUCAACAUCAAAGGCUCUUAUGUCGGCAACCGACAGGAGACAGAGGAGGCACUUGCAAUCCUCGCCCGGGCCAGAUUCGAGGUUCAAUCCAAGGUGGUCGACUUUGUGGACCUUCCCCGCAUUUACGAGAUGAUGGACAAAGGACAAAUGCAUGGUCGAGCUGUCCUCAAGAUUGGAGACAGUUUAUCGAAGUACCCUGUUCUCCUCAACGGUCCAGCACAGGGCUACUUUUACCAAGCUCAGCAAAGCAACGUCGUAUCAGCUGGCCUCCAACAAGCUAUCGAGAAAGCCGGCCGGGAUUUCCGUUCAGAUACGGUGACCGUUCCUUCCGAAGCCAUGAUGCAAGCUAUUCUGAACGCUUCGACGUUCGGAGAUGAUAUAUACGACGAGAGAGGAGAUCCCUCUGUUAAGGCUUUGCAGGACAAAAUCGCCCGGAUGACAGGCAAGGAAGCAGCGCUCUUUGUGCCCUCCGGAACCAUGGGUAAUCAGAUUUGCCUGCGCGCUCAUUUACACCAGCCACCACAUACGAUUCUGCUUGAUUACCCCGCACACGUCCAGUGCUGGGAAACUGGCGCUAUUCCUCUGCUCUCUCAGGCCACUGUCACUGGGGUGGAACCAAAGAACGGAGUUCAUCUCACGCUCGGGGACGUGAGGGAUCGGAUCGUUCUUGAAGACAAUUAUCAUUUCCCACCGACUAGGAUUGUCUCCCUCGAGAACACUCUUAGCGGGACAAUUCUACCCCUAAAAGAUGCUCAGGAGAUCUCUAGAUAUGUGCGAAGUGUCCCUGUUCCUCCGGGCAGGACACCCAUCGCAAUGCACCUAGAUGGAGCUAGACUUUGGGAAGGGGUGACUGCAGAAGGGGUAGAUAUUAAAGACUACUUGGAAUGCUUUGAUACCGCCAGUCUCUGUCUCUCCAAGGGUAUCGGGGCACCGAUGGGAAGUAUGAUUGUGGGCAGUAAGAAGCUUAUUGAUCGAGCCGUUUGGUUCCGAAAGAUGUUCGGUGGUGCAACAAGACAAGUGAGACUCAUCCUUACUUCUAUCAUCAAAAUCACGGAUCUUUCCUGCGAAAAGCAAAGAACGAAAGGCACUAAUAGCAAAUAG